CUGUCUUAAAUAAAAAUAAAUUGAGCCUUUGUAAAUUACUAUGAAAUUUAAAUUUUAAGUUAAAUUUUUUCCCCAAUAAUGAUAUAAAUUUUUGUAAAGAUAAAUGACAGUCAACAAAACCUGCAACGAAUAUGUAAAAUUGAACAAAACAGAACUUAUCAACCUCAACAAGAAUAUUGUGAAGACAAUAAUAAUGUAUAUUUACAAGGACAACAACAACCAACAGAUCAGACAGAAAUUUAUCGUGAACUGAUUUUAAGGCAUUUAAUUGCUGAUAUUACUAGUACUUGUGCCAAACUUGGUUUACCUACAGAAUUGGCUUUGUGGAGCGCGGAUGAUUCUCGCCGUUGGGUAGCCGAAAUGUGCACUCAAUUUCAAAUACAAAUACCUCCACCCGAGUCAUUCGUUAACCUAAACGGUCAAAGAAUGUUGACACUUGGAGUUGAAGAAUUUCAGCAGCGAUUUCCAGAUGGUGGAGACACUUUACAUGCACAACUGCAACUUUGGAAAACUGGUGAUUAUAUUUUUUAA